AUGGCUGAAGAUAUAAAAUCAACCAAUAAACAAUGUAAUACCGUAACUAAUAUUCAAACACCGCGACCAUCCUCACCAAGAAAAUUUUUCGCAAGACUAUAUGGUCAUCUUGAAGAGCCUAAGGCGAAACAAGCAGAAACAAAAACACAGUUCGACAGCGAGUCGUCCUCUGAUGUUGAAGUGGAAGAAAGUGGAUUAGAAGAUAAUGAGCAACGAUCUAGCAGUAUGGAACUUGCCGCAGCUCGAAGUCCGCCUCUUUGGCCGCCACCACCAUUGCCAAUAUGUCCUAGACCCAUGCUGUUUCCCCAUCAACAGCUAGCGUUUGGAGCUGGUCUUGCUGCUUUUCUUGCCCGUCGUCGUCGCAAAGAAAGUCGACCUCGCCGUCAAAGAACUACCUUCUCCGCGCAUCAGACCUUGCGACUGGAGCUUGAGUACGCGAGGGGUGAAUACGUAGCAAGAGCGCGAAGAUGUGAGUUGGCUUCAGCGCUGUCGUUAAGCGAGACGCAGGUAAAAAUAUGGUUCCAGAACAGAAGAGCCAAGGACAAAAGGAUUGAGAAAGCUCAAAUUGACCAACAGUACAGGCAACUAGCAGCUGCAUCAGGCCUAUUUCCGUCAGUACUGGGUACCCCUUACUGCCCGCCCCCACCCUGCCCGUGCUUGCCGCUGCAGCAACCACCGCCGCUGGAUAAAUAAUUGUUGUCGGAGUCGCGUGUGUCGAAAUUCAGUUUUAGAGGCCUGAUCUAAUGCGACUGGCGCAGCUAAAAGAAUUCGCUCACAUUUAUCGAGACUAAAAAUGUUUCAAAUGGUAUCGCUUGAAAAGUGCAGAGAUCUUUUGGACCUUACUUUUUUAUACAAAAUUUCAAAUAACAAAAUUGAUUGUCCGUAAUUGACAGCAAAGUACAAUUCCGCGUAGAU